CACGCAAGGCAGCGGACUCCCAUCACAACCAAAAUGGCGGCCAAACGCGGACAGCCGGCUCGCCACGGUGACUGACAGGAGAGACGCUUGCCUUUGGUCGGACUACAAACGCUUACGUGUCGGGACAAUUGAGCACAAACACACAGCAAUGGCUGCCACUUCAACACAGCAGCACCGAGAUGUAUGAAUGACACCCGAUGACGCCGCAACCUAAGGACUAAAACCAGCGUUUUCAAGUGGGAAUUUGCUAGCUGACUGUUUGAUCAAAGGAGGGAAGUUUACUUCUUGAUCUCUCAAUGACCCGGGCACUUGGCGGGAAUGGGAAAUGAUGGAGGACAAAGGCCCUCGUGUAGCUGACUACUUUGUGGUGGCGGGACUGACUGAUUCAUCCAAGCCUUUGGACCGGGAGAUCCACUUUGAUGACGCCUGCCACAAAACUGCCAAGCCGAAGGCACCCAUCACCGACGUGGCUGUGGUGAUCCGCUCAAUGGGUGAUGAGGUGCCCCCAGGGUUCACAUGCAUUGAGACCACACCAAACGGGCAUUCAGCUGAUUUCAAUAAUGGAGGGCUCAUGGCACCUCAGAUCUUCCUGUGCUAUAGGCGAGGUUGUGACAAGCCACCACUCACUGACUUGGGUGUCCUCUUUGAGUGGAAGGAGCGACUGAAGCAGGGCUGCCACCUUAUCCAGACCACGCCCUCGGGUCGCCCAGCCAACAUCAGUGGAAACUCCUCCCAGCGCAUCUAUGUCACCUACCAGCGGGCGCCUGAGAGGCAACCACAUGCUGCUCUGGCUGUCACUGACAUCUGUAUCAUCAUCCCAAGCAAAGGAGAGACUCCUCCACACACCUUCUGCAAGGUGGAGAAGAAUCUCAACAGCACUUUGUGGGGCUCCUCUGUGUACUUGUGUUAUAAGAAGUCUGUGACCAAAACCAACUCGAUAGCGUAUAAAGCAGGAUUAUUCUGCAGAUAUCCAGAAGAGAAUUAUGAGUCUUUCCCACUGCCAGAAUCUGUUCCUCUCUUCUGCCUCCCCAUGGGAGCCACAAUCGAGUGUUGGCCAAUCAACGCCAAAUACUCCCUGCCUGUUUUCUCUACUUUUGUCCUAACUGGAGCCUCUGGAGAGAAGGUAUACGGUGCUGCCAUACAGUUCUAUGAGCCCUACCCACAAGAGUGUCUGACUGAUCAACAGAGCACCCAGCUGGGCCUUCUAAACACAGAUCCACACAAACCCUCUUCCCCCUGCAACAGCUCAGCUGAUGUCACAAACAGCACAACUUCCUCCACCUGCUCUGUUUACACCAACAAAUGCAUCUGCCUGCUUUCUCACUGGCCCUUCUUUGAUGCUUUCCGCAAGUUCCUCACCUUCCUGUAUCGCUAUUCCAUCUCUGGCCCGCAUGCCCUCCCCAUUGAGAAGCACAUUUCUCAUUUUAUGCACAAAGUUCCCUUCCCUUCCUCUCAGAGGCCUCGCAUCCUGGUGCAGCUUUCCCCUCAUGACAGCCUGAUGUUGAGCCAGCCAGUGUCUUCUCCUCUACCACUCAGUGGUGGACGAUUUUCCACGUUGCUCCAGAACCUGGGACCGGUGAAUGCUGUCACUCUUCUGGUGUUUGCUGUCACUGAACAAAAGAUUCUGGUCCAUUCGUUACGACCUGCCGUACUGACCAGCGUUACUGAAGCUUUGGUAUCUAUGAUCUUUCCCUUCCACUGGCCAUGCCCAUAUAUUCCUCUGUGCCCGUUGGCACUGGCUGAUGUGUUGAGUGCCCCAUGCCCGUUCAUUGUAGGAGUGGACUCUCGCUACUUUGAACUGUAUGACCCCCCUCCAGAUGUGAGCUGCGUGGAUCUGGACACCAGCACCAUUUUCCAUAAUGAAGAUAAGCGAGCGCUCACGUGGAAGAUCUUACCAAAGAAAGCUUGUAAGAUUCUAAUGAAUGUGCUGAACACUCUCUAUCAGCAACUGGUUGAUGGUCAGGACCAGCCUGACAGCCUGCUAGAGUUCACCGUCAGCGGUUUAUCAGAGUUGAACUGUGGGAAGAGUAUCAAUACUGUGGAGCUGGAGAUCCAGGAAGCCUUUCUGCGGUUCAUGGCAGCCAUUUUAAAGGGCUACCGUUCAUUUCUGCGACCCAUUACCCAGGCACCAUCGGAGAAAGCCACAGAUGCCAGCUCACUUUUUGACCUGCAAGGGUUCCUGAAGAGCCGUGACCGCUCCCACCAGAAGUUCUACUCCCUGAUGACCAAAACCCAGAUGUUCAUCCAUUUUAUUGAGGAAUGCUCCUUUGUUAGCGACAAAGACGCCAGUCUGGCCUUCUUCGACGACUGUGUGGAAAAAUUGUACUGCUCAGAGCGGAGCGCUGACAAAGGGAGCAAGAUCGAUGGAGAGAGACCAGAUGAGGCUAGGUUGAUAGAGACCGAUGAACCCCAUCGUAGUGAGCACACAGUCUUCAUCACACCGCCAGAGCUGCCCUCUCUGCCUGAAGGGGAAGUACAUCCCUUAUGCUACAGGUAUGAUGGCUUCCCAGUGUUAAGUUUGGACUUGUUUGACCCAGUGGAGGGGCUUCAAACCCCUUCCUCUCGCCUCACCGCCAGGCACAGCUGCCCCACAAGCCCGGCACCCAUGUUUAGGCGUAGUAAGCAGGAGAUUAAAUCAGCCCAGAAAAUAGCCAAAAAGUACUCCUCCAUCCCCCAGCUAUGGUCCAUGUGCCUGCUCCGCCAUUGUUACGGCCUCUGGUUUAUCUGUCUGCCAGCAUAUGUGAAGGUUUGCCAUUCCAAGGUGCGAGCGCUUCGGACCGCCUAUGAUGUCCUCCGUAAGAUGCAGGCCAAGAAGCUGCAGCCACCUGAUGAGGUGUGCUACAGAGUGCUGAUGCAGCUUUGUGGACAAUAUGGUCAGCCGGUCCUUGCAGUCCGGGUCCUCUUUGAAAUGAAGAAAGCUGGAGUCCACCCCAAUGCGAUCACAUAUGGCUACUACAAUAAGGCAGUGCUGGAGAGCACUUGGCCGACCAGCACCAGAGGAGGAUACUUUCUGUGGAUGAAGCUGAGAAAUGUGGUGUUGGGUGUGGCUCAGUUUAAACGGUCACUACGGAAACAUGCCCCUGUUACUCACAGCCUGCUGUCAGAUGGCAGUGACCUGGACGCUGUUAGUCAUGGCAGCCUGGAUAGCACUGCUGACACUCACCUGAAUGAGCAGGGCAGAGCAGCAGAUAUCACUGAUGAUGGAUCUAGCACAGGACAUCAGUCAGAUUUGGGUUAUAAUUCACUGUCCAAAGAGGAGGUUCGCAGAGGCAACACCAGUGCACAGGACUCUCUCCGUGACAAGAUUGAUAAGGAAGAGAGUGACUGCAGCUCUUUGUCAGAAACGGAGAGCAUCAAGGGAAGUAAAGACUGUCUACCUCAGUUGGACAUGGAUGUUAAUACCUCCUUGCAUCCCCAUGGCAUUGUGUGCAGCCAUUCACACUACGACAGUUCCAAAUGUAGAGCGAAGACAUCUGCAAGGACAGACCAUGUUGCAGGUCUUCUCUUCACUUCUUCACUGGAAGAGAUUGGUGAGGUCCAAACCAAUAUCUUGCUCAGGAAACACAAAAGCACCCUGGAAGAAGUGGUUGGCAGUGGCAGCAGUGACUCGACUUUGGAUUGGCGGCUGAGUGGCGACAAAGUCAGCAGUUGUGGCAGCGGGACUGCUGUUCUCGGUCUGGGUUUGAGCCAGGGAGAAACUGACCCAGAUAAAAUUGCAGGACAUCUUGGCGCUGAUGCAAAAAUUCUCUGUAAUGCCAACUUCGGUAAGCGCAAGAGGCCUCGGUCACUGGCUCUGGAUGGGUUCGAGGAGGCUUCCUCAGUUAGCAGGUGUUGUAAAGAUGGAGAUGAGACAAAAAUACAUGAUUCCAGUGAUGAGGACACAAACAAUAUAGAGGCUAUUUUUGAUUUGGAGGAUUUGGAUUUGGACAAGACUACCACAGACGCAGGAAGUACUUAUCAUAAAACCUGCAGUUCUCAAAAGAAUCCUAUUGAACGCAGAGCAAGCUACUGUGGUGUGAGCACUUUGACAUCAAGAGGAACCGUGACGCGCACAGGCAUUGAGACUGGCAAUGAUCCUCUAUCCUUGCUUGCAGCAGAGUCUCAUUUGGUACAGCAAAAGGAGGAUCCAAGCCCAGAGGAGACGGACGCCAGCACACCCAUUGCCAACAGGAAUUUGGCAAGGGAGAUUGAGCUGUACAUGAAGCACAUGGGGAGCCCGCUGAGUAGCCGUACACCAAGUGUGGACCUACAGGACCCAGCCAGCCCACUCAUCUUUCACCGCUCUUCAUCUCGUAGUGCGAGCUUACCCCACAGUUCCCCACUCUGGACCACACGGGUGUCGAAGUCUCGCACUUACCACCCUCCCUCACCCUCCCAGCCCAUCCCACAGCAACAUAAGUGGUCAUCACUACCCUGUCGCAGUGCAAGCACCACCCCUAGCCCUUGUCCCAGCCCACUUCUCAGCCCCUACCGGGAGAAGACAAGCCGGACGAAUACCGCAGGUCCUUCACCAUCCUCCUCCUCUUUUGCUUUGGACACACUACUAACACCAACACUGGAUGUUUUCAAGACCAGCAUGUUCUCUGCGGGGAAAGGCGUGGCAGAGAAGGCUAGUCGUUGGUACACACGUCUAUCUACGUACACCACACCAACCAAGGACAAUCGGAGUGACCAACCGAACGUGUCCAGCCAUGAUGUUGACGAUCCAGAUUGCUUCUCUGUGCAAGAUGAGGAACACUACAAGGAGUCGAAGAGCUCCACAGUUUCCCCGCAAAAGAACGACCCUCUUGGUCCAAUUGGAUCUCGAAAUAGUCCAAGACGAAGCCCCUUCCAUAGUAGACUGAACAGUCCCACUACAGGCUCAAGCCUCAGGAGACCGUCAUCCCAGCUCCCUGGUUGUGGCCUCUCACCUCCUGGCUUCCUUGACAAGUCAGACCUGAGCUCCUCGCGCUACACUAGCAACACCAGCAUCUUCAAUAACUGUGCAAUGGAGCUGUUGAUCUCAAGCUGUUCGCGCUGUAAGACGUGCGACUGCCUGGUCUACGAUGAGGAAAUCAUGGCCGGCUGGACGGCAGAUGACUCUAAUCUAAACACUACCUGCCCCUUCUGUGGAAACCCCUUCCUGCCUUUUCUUAAUGUGGAGAUCAGGGAUAUGAGAGGAGCCGGCAGGCUGUUUUUAAAGGGAAGUCUGUCCGUGGAUGAGGCGCUGAGUUCAUCAUAUUCUACCUCAACAGGCUUUGACACAGGGACAUCCACCUUAUCCACCCCCUGCCCCACCACAGCUGUCUCCCCUCCUUCUCCUGUGAUAGCGAGACCGAGGUGUCUGUCAAGAACUCGAUCCACCACAUCGCACGGGAUCAACAUCUCCUCAGAGCGGCGACAUGGGGCUCUUUCUUCGGCAACACCCAUGGCUCGUAGUGUCAGUGCCUUCGGCCCCCUGGAAGAAACGUCUCAAAGCAACCAUUUGUUGCCCAUCUCUGGCAGUCUGCCCAGCCGGCUUAAUGAACCCACUGACCCGCUGAGUAUGGAAUGGCGUCUCCACAACCCUGAGCCAGUGACAGUCCCCUACUUGAGCCCACUGGUGCUGUGGAAGGAACUGGAGAGCCUGCUGGAGAAUGAGGGAGAUGCAGUAAUAACAGAAGCUGACAUGGUGGACCACCAUCCCAUCAUCUACUGGAAUUUAGUCUGGUACUUCAGGCGGCUGGGCCUGCCCAGCAACCUGCCCGGACUCAUCCUAACCUCCGAGCAUUGUAACAGGGACUCCCAGGUCCCCCGUCAGUGGAUGUCAGAGGACAGUAAACACGUGUUGAUCCAGAUCCUGUGGGACAACCUGAAGCUACAGCAGGACCCUGUACAGCCUUUUUAUAUUCUCUGGAACACAUACAGGCUUAAUUGUACUCUGUUGUUAGAACAUGUGGGCUACCCCGUGUCCCGAACUGUCCCAAAAGAAGAGAAGCCGUUCACUGAGGAGCUGCUGCAGAGUGUAGUGAGAAGCAUCCAGAGGAACGACGUGGGCCGACCAAUGGCUCAUCUGCUGGAGAUACAGCACCAGACAUUUGGACUCAAAAGGCAAAGGAGUUUGUACCGAGACCUCCUCUUCCUGUCGCUGGUGGCUCUGGGAAAAGACAGCAUUAAUAUCGAUGCCUUCGAUCGGGAAUACAAGCUGGCAUACGACCGCCUGCCGCCAAGGCUGGUGAAGCUGACCCGUAACUGCGACCGCCCCCCCAGCACGGGUGUCAUGGAGUGUCGCAGGACGUUUGGGGAGCCUUACCUGUAAAAAAAAAAAAAAAAACAACAACAAAAAAACCCUCCUGGUAACAAGCGCUCAGGAAAGAGGCCGUCUUAAGUACACGGCAUAAAAGUAUUUUUAAGACAACAUUUUAAAGUAAAGAUGGCAUGAUAGAGUAGAUUUGAUGGUAUUUUUUUGCAUCUUAGUUGCAUCCAUGCAAAGUAAGCUUUAUUGUCAUGUCAGGUGGGAGUCUCCUGCUUUUCAUCAGAGUGUUUCCACCUUAAAUGUCAGUGGAGGUCAGGUUUGACUUUUUUUGUAUUUUAAAAGUUGUUACCAGUGGGAGUGACUGAUGUCAGUAUUCAUCUUUUAGAAGCAACGGACCCCAGUUUCAGCGUACAGGUGGUCCUCGGGUUCCUAGACUGUGAUGUACGUCUAGUUUUAGUUUCUUUUACACUUAAAUUAUAGCAAAAUGAACUGCUAAGUCACUCAAACUGCACACGCAACACAUACAGGACACGUCAGAUACACUCAUAAAAAGAUUGGGUACAAGAAUAAAAGGAAACUAAUACUUUUAUCCCUGUGGUUGCCUUUCCCAGAUCUCUUUGUAACAGCGCACAGAAUCCAUGACCCCUCUAGCAUUCAUUAGCAUUCAGUAAUCUUCAUCUUUAAUGAUGGUUGGGACCAAAAGAGCGGCCAAUAUUGGUGGGUGUGUCUCCUCUCUCUGAGCUUUUUAUGAUGUUCAUUUUCACUUCCAUGGUAGAUGGCUGUCCUGUUCUUUUUGACGCACUGCCGCUUGGGACACGUAAUGAAGUGUCAAAAGUUAACUAAUAAGCGAUGUUCUUCCUCUGUUUCAUUCUUGCGCUGACGCUGCAACCAGCUUUCGAGCGAGUCGCGUGUUUACGGACCAAAAAUUAGGUUUUUAAUGAAUUUACGGGAGCGUCACAAACAGAGGACCACCUGUGCAUGAAGUGUGAUAUUUACAUGUUUGGACGUGUACAGGAAAUGCUAUGUUUGUGGUACAAAAGCUGUUUGAAUCAGUAUUAGGUCGUGUUGAAGUCGCGUCUCCAGCACAUUACAACCGCAGCUGUUUUGUUGUGGCCCUGCAAGAGGUUCUGUUACAUACCGGACACAAGGUACUAAAACGUACUGUGUCAUGACGGCUACGCCAAUACCCAUCCAAAAGUGUUGGCGGCGUAGAAGCGACCCCUGCUAUCACGCUACCACACACGUAUUAUUGUUUUGGGGUGAUGAUCCAAAGACAACUCCCAAAAGUCUUAUGAAGGUCAACCACUUGGUGGGAUGAACAAGUCAUUGCCUGAAGGUCAGGAUGCACUUUGACCCUUGAAAAAAAAGGUGAACUGACUGAACUUGAAAGUACUUCCUGAUGGGAAAGCUGACUUGUAAAAAUGAAGAAAAUGUAUAAAUUGCACAAUGUGUACAUUUACAUUUAACCCUUUGUAAAAAUAAUAAAUAUAUAAAUGAUAAUUUAUGACAGUUGAUACGAAAGCUGAUAAGUGCAUGUUUCUGUAAUGGACGGAACAUUCAGGGUUGUUUGGAUGUAAAUAAAUAAAACUACAUAGGAAACAUCACUGCUUUUGGCUCCACUUUCUUGGGGGUGGGGAGGGGUGAAGAUUUUUUUCUUUGAUUCAAAUGUCAGUUUUAAAAAUGGACAUCAUAAAUGUUAAGAUCAAAUAAUGUUCAAUAAUGAGGUUGCUUGAAGCAAAGUCAGUCAGUCUCAUUAGUGAUGUGCGAUACCACUGAUUUCGUUUUGGAUCCUAUGCGGACUAAAAUUCAGGACGGUAUCGUGAUAUCGAGCCGAUACCGAUACUUUGCGCAAAUUCACCUAAUGUGAGCAUUUUAAAUAGUGUAUUUGGUAUAAUUGCAUAAAGAAUGCAAGGCAUUUAAUUAUUUGAAAAAUAUUAAUACAUUAAUUAUUUUAAGGUACCUCAAAAUACUUGAGGGUUUACGAUAAAUAAAAUAAAUUAGCGGGGUGAUUUACGAAAUAGCCAGGCUAAUAUACAACAGAAAAAAACGGGACAAAUCAUACAAAUUGUGUGAAAGCGGUAUUUUAAACAAUUAAAAAAAAACAAAUUAAAAUAUAUUUAAGAACUACUAUAAGAAUGAUAAAUAUGAUACCAUAAUUCACACAUGGCUCCAUUCCAACAGAUAAACAUUACCUCAAAUGACUGAAGUAUGAAAAGUAGCGACAUUUUGAUUUGCGAAUCGAUUUUAGAGCAAGUAUCGAUAUUUCAGUAUCGAUCCGCACAUCUGUUGAAAUCAGCCACGUGUGAAUUAGUUUACAUUCUGAUAGUAGUUCUUAAUUUAAUUUUAUUAUUUUACUUUUAUUGUAUAAAACACAAUUUUGGCAUUUUUGAUUUUACCCUUGUUUUUUUUUCUGUUGCAUUAGCUUAAUGCUAUCUGAAUAUACAAUACUUCUGAGCUAUGCUAUGAAAUCAACAGUGGCAGCAGCUGCUCAUUCUAGGAGGGGAAGCUCAUUUUUUCCCGAGCUACUGUUUUAUGUGUCUGUUAUUGUAUUUACUACUGCUACCAGUAGAGGGCGGUGUAUACUCACCUUGAAGACCUGUGUAGCUCCACCUGUCUGUGUGUUUGCCUGUACCAGCAUAUUAGUAGUGAUGUGUCGGUCGCGAACGAAUCGGCUAUAAGAACCGGUUCUUUGAAAUGAACGACAGGAGCCGGUUUGCGUUGUUGGGAGCCAACUAGUUAUUUUCCUCGUCCUUUUUUUUUUUUUUAUAGGCAAUUGUCAUU